ACUGAGAGGAAGAGGCGGUGUUCAGGAAGAAACCAAACGGGACCCGAAAGGCGGCACAAAGCGCGACCAAUAGAAACAGGAAGUGGAGAAGAUUUCUCCACAUCCGGUACUGCCUGUGGCGCCUGCGCUCUGUGCUGGGGAGGCCAGUGACGUCCAGGGGAGUCCAAGAUGGCGGCGGUGGGGUGAUUCUGCUGCCGGUGACGGAAGCGUCGCCUCCGCCUGCCUGACGUGCCUCGGGAGAGCCUGCGCCGCUCCUCCCCGCCGCGGCCAUGUCUGGGCCCGGCAACAAACGCGCCGCCGGCGAUGGGGGCUCGGGGCCCCCAGAGAAGAAGCUGAGUCGCGAGGAGAAGACCACAACCACGCUUAUAGAGCCCAUCCGUCUUGGGGGCAUCUCUUCCACGGAGGAGAUGGACUUGAAGGUUUUGCAGUUCAAGAAUAAGAAACUGGCAGAGCGGUUGGAACAGAGACAGGCUUGUGAAGAUGAACUCCGAGAACGAAUUGAGAAGUUGGAGAAGCGGCAGGCCACAGAUGACGCCACACUCCUCAUUGUCAAUCGCUACUGGGCCCAGCUGGAUGAAACUGUGGAAGCCCUUCUCCGACACCAUGAGAGCCAGGGGGAGCUGUCUUCAGGGACAGAGGCGCCUGGGACCCAGGAGGGGCCAACACGUGAUGAGACCCCUCUCACAGAGCCAGGGACAUCGGAGCUGAGGGAGCCCCUGCCAAUGCAGCUGCGGCCACCUCUCAGUGAGCCAGCCUUGGCUUUUGUGGUGGCCCUGGGUGCAAGCAGUAGUGAGGAGGUGGAGCUGCAGCUGCAGGGCCGCAUGGAAUUCUCCAAGGCAGCUGUGUCCCGUGUCGUGGAGGCCUCUGACCGCCUACAGCGCCAGGUGGAGGAACUCUGUCAGCGAGUAUACAGCCGAGGGGACAGUGAGCCCCCCAGUGAGGCGGCUCGGGCACGCACCCGGGAGCUGGGCCGUGAGAACCGGCGACUGCAGGACUUGGCCACCCAGCUACAGGAGAAGCACCACCGCAUCUCGUUGGAGUACUCUGAGCUCCAGGAUAAAGUGACAUCUGCAGAGACCAAAGUGCUGGAGAUGGAGACGACAGUAGAAGACCUGCAGUGGGACAUUGAGAAGUUGCGAAAGCGUGAGCAAAAGCUCAAUAAGCACCUAGCGGAGGCCUUGGAGCAGCUCAACUCUGGCUACUAUGUAUCUGGGAGCUCCUCAGGCUUUCAGGGGGGCCAGAUCACACUCAGCAUGCAGAAGUUUGAGAUGCUGAAUGCGGAGUUGGAGGAAAACCAGGAAUUGGCCAAUAGCCGCAUGGCAGAGCUGGAGAAGCUGCAGGCAGAACUUCAGGGGGCUGUGCGGACCAAUGAGCGCCUCAAGGUAGCCCUGCGGAGUCUUCCUGAGGAGGUGGUACGGGAGACAGGGGAGUACCGAAUGCUGCAGGCGCAGUUCUCACUGCUCUACAAUGAGUCUCUGCAAGUGAAGACCCAGCUGGACGAGGCCCGUGGGCUGCUGCUGGCCACCAAGAAUUCCCACCUGAGGCACAUUGAGCACAUGGAGAGUGAUGAGCUGGGGCUUCAGAAGAAGCUGCGCACAGAGGUUAUCCAGCUGGAGGAUACGCUGGCCCAGGUACGCAAGGAGUACGAGAUGCUGCGCAUCGAGUUUGAACAGAACCUGGCGGCCAACGAGCAGGCGGGGCCCAUCAACCGGGAGAUGCGCCACCUGAUCAGCAGCCUCCAAAACCACAACCACCAGCUAAAGGGGGACGCUCAGCGAUACAAGCGGAAGCUGCGGGAAGUGCAGGCUGAGAUUGCCAAGCUCCGGGCCCAGGCCAGUGGCUCUACCCACUCCAUCCCCACCCUGGGCCACCCGGAGGACUCUGGCCUGAGUGCCCCAGCCCCAGGGAAAGAAGAGGGUGGGCCAGGCCCUGUUGGUGCCCCUGAUGCCAGAAAGGAGAUGGCUUCAAUGCCUGGCGCUGCCAUUACUACCUCCUUGGUGAAGAAGGAAGACCUGGUCCCUUCUGAGGAAGAGGCCCAGGCCCUGACCCCCGGGGCCCAGGGCCCCUCCUCCCGGGCCCGAGAACCUGAGGCUAAACCCAAGCGGGAGCUUCGGGAGCUUCGGGAGCGGGAAGGGCCUGGGCUGGGACCCCCAUCUGUAGCCUCAGCUCUCUCAAGGACUGAUCGGGAGAAGGUCAAGGUGGAGGAGGCCAAGAGGAAGGAGUCAGAGCUCCUCAAAGGUCUCCGAGCAGAGCUCAAGAAGGCCCAGGAAAGUCAGAAGGAGAUGAAACUGCUGCUGGACAUGUAUAAGUCUGCACCCAAGGAGCAGCGGGAUAAGGUGCAGCUCAUGGCAGCGGAACGCAAGGCCAAGGCUGAGGUCGAUGAACUACGGAGCCGUAUCCGGGAGUUAGAGGAGAGGGAUCGGAGGGAGAGCAAGAAGAUCGCGGAUGAGGAUGCCCUGCGGCGCAUUCGUCAGGCAGAGGAGCAGAUAGAACACCUGCAACGCAAGUUGGGUGCCACCAAGCAGGAGGAGGAGGCUCUGCUCUCAGAGAUGGAUGUGACAGGCCAGGCUUUUGAGGACAUGCAGGAGCAGAAUGGGCGGCUGCUACAGCAGUUGCGGGAAAAGGAUGAUGCCAACUUUAAGCUGAUGUCAGAGCGGAUCAAGGCCAACCAGAUUCAUAAGCUACUGCGGGAGGAGAAGGAUGAGCUGGGCGAGCAGGUUCUUGGCCUCAAGUCUCAGGUGGAUGCCCAGCUGCUGACCGUGCAGAAGCUGGAGGAAAAAGAGCGGGCCUUGCAGGGCAGCCUCGGGGGUGUGGAGAAGGAGCUGACACUGCGCAGCCAGGCCCUGGAGCUCAACAAGAGGAAGGCUGUGGAAGCAGCUCAGCUGGCCGAGGACCUGAAGGUACAGCUGGAGCACGUGCAGACACGGCUGCGAGAGAUCCAGCCUUGUCUGGCAGAGAGCCGGGCUGCCCGUGAGAAAGAGAGCUUCAACCUCAAGAGGGCUCAGGAGGACAUCUCACGGCUGCGACGCAAGCUGGAGAAGCAGAGGAAGGUGGAGGUUUACGCAGAUGCCGAUGAAAUCCUCCAGGAGGAGAUCAAGGAGUACAAGGCGCGGUUGACCUGCCCCUGCUGUAACACCCGCAAGAAGGAUGCAGUCCUCACCAAGUGCUUCCACGUUUUCUGCUUCGAGUGCGUACGGGGCCGCUAUGAGGCCCGCCAGAGGAAGUGCCCCAAGUGCAACGCAGCCUUUGGUGCCCAUGACUUCCACCGUGUCUACAUCAGCUGAACCCGUAACUCAGGGGACUUUGGAACACCCAUGGACCCUGGGGGCUGUGCCUCCAGUCCCUCCCCACCCCACACCCAGUGGCCCCCACCCUCCAUUCCGGACCCUGUGGGCCCAGCCCCUCCCCAUGUAGUUGGUUUUGGGGGCCCCAGUGCAUGCUAGUGGGAGUGGGAUUAACCAAGCUCAGUUUCACCUUUUCCCCAAGGUCAGAACUACAGCCUAGGGGGCACUUGCCCUGCACAAAAGGUCUGCUGUGAGAGGCCUGAGGGGCCCAGAGCACUCAACAGAACUUCUUGGAACCUGGCCCUAAACCUUCUCCAACUGACUCCACGGGCCCAUCCCAGCCCUAAAGGGGAAAUUCCCCAGGCUGUGACUUCCCACACAAGUGGAAGUUCACUACCUGCUUAGACACCCACAAGUAAGGACCAGGGAUGGGUCAGAUCCCCAGCUCCUUGCUCUGAGACUGGGCUCUGGGGCCCAGGGAGUUUCUUUACCCUCUGCUCCCCAGACCUAGGCAGACCUUCCCUCCUGUGGAGUUCCUUGGGCUCUUUGGUCUGGUCUUAUACUAAGAGCACCUCCUUGAUGGGGGCACUGUCUUCUGGGAAGCUCUAAGGUUGCUGCAGUCACCUUGCACUCAUCUUGGGAGUGCUGAACUAAGAUCAUCAGUUUCUAUUCUAAUCAGACCCCUCCCAAUCUCUACUUCGCUCCCAGGCCCCACUUACAGCCCUGAUGCUUCCCAGGGCUCCGCUGGGUCCCCAGCCCUGACCCUGCUUUCAUCCUGGUGGCCUUAACUUUAGUGGAGGCAGAACUUCCAGGGGGAAAAAGGGACAGACUAGCGUGCUGGGCCGACUUCCAAUCAUUCCAGGUAGAAGAGCAUCUAACACCCUGUGACUGAGCCUAUACCCACAAUGCUUCCUGUGUUGCCUGCCCAAGCACACUCUAUGGGCUGUGAAGGCAGUAUGCAGGGGCCUGGAAGGUGGAGCUGCUGAGAGGUGCAAGGCUCCUCUCCGCCCCUGCUCUAGAGAUGUCUUGUAUAGGCUGUUAAUUGUUUUGAAUAAACAUCCAACCCUCAGCCUAUA